UGCGUCUGUCAGAGUGUAAAGUCAGGUCAGUUUUCGUUGAAGCUGUUGUGUUGAUAAGAUAAGUUCAGGGUGUUCCAACCUCUAGUGCAAUUCAGUGCGUGAUUUCACAAUUGUUAGAACAUGAAAUGUGCUUUGUGAUCCACGGUUGAACUAACGGAUCUCAACAACUGAGAUGGAGCAGCAGCGAGUGUGGGUGCCGGACACGGACGAGGGGUUCGUCCUCGGUCGUAUCGUAGACAUCGGCCUGGACGAGGUGACUGUUCAGCCGAACGACCCCAAGAAGCCGAAGCAAACCUGCAGCCUAGACAGACUGUACACGGCUGAGGAACACGACAAUAAGGAUGUCGAUGAUAACUGCGCUCUUAUGUACCUGAAUGAAGCAACCCUUUUAAACAAUGUUAGAAUUCGAUAUGCUAAGGAUAAAAUCUAUACAUAUGUUGCCAAUAUACUGAUAGCAGUCAACCCAUACUUUGAGAUAAAGGACUUAUACUCUUCAACUACAAUCAAACGCUAUCAAGGGAAAUCCCUGGGUGUGAUGCCUCCACACGUUUUUGCAAUUGCUGAUAAGAGUUUUCGAGACAUGAAGGUGUUGAAGCAGUCACAGUCUAUCAUAGUAUCAGGAGAGUCAGGUGCAGGCAAGACAGAAUCUACUAAGUAUCUGCUGCGCUACUUGUGUGAGUUGUGGGGUCACACGGCGGGUCCUAUAGAGCAGAAGAUCCUGGACGCUAAUCCUGUGUUGGAGGCAUUUGGCAAUGCAAAGACAACGCGUAACAACAACUCGUCCAGGUUUGGCAAGUUCAUGGAAGUUCACUUUGACUCAAAGUGCACAGUAGUUGGUGGCUACAUCUCCCACUACCUGUUGGAGAAGUCCCGGAUCUGUACGCAGAGCUCUGAGGAGCGUAACUACCACGUGUUCUAUCUGCUGUGUGCAGGAGCACCCGACACUCUGCGUUCCAAACUGCAGCUCUCAAAGCCUGACGACUUCAAUUACUUGAAAAAAGGUUGCACACAGUACUUCACAAACAAUACUACAGAAAAAUCGCUGAACGUAAAUCAAAAGAGUGAAAUGCAUCGCAAAAAAGGAAGCCUCAGAGAUCCUAUGCUGGAUGACGUGACUGACUUUAAAAACAUGGAUGAAGCUCUGAGUCGGCUUGGAUUGUCCAGUGCAGAACGCUACGAGCUCUACUCAAUGGUCGCUGCGGUGCUCCACCUCGGCAAUAUACAGUUUGAGGAGAACACGGAGGGCAGCAAGGGAGGGUCUGUGAUCAGCGGGGGCUCGGAGGCUAGUCUGCGAGCUGCGGCGGGGCUAAUGGGAGUUGACCCCGACGAGCUACAACAGUCCCUGGUCACCAAGGUUAUGAUGACUAACCGUGGCGGACUCAAGGGAACUGUUAUACUUGUCCCGCUGAAGGUGUAUGAAGCUAACAACGCCAGAGAUGCACUGGCCAAAGCCAUCUACAGUCGUCUGUUUGAUCAUGUUGUACAUCGGAUCAACAAGAGCAUUCCCUUCCAAGCCUCCAGCUACUACAUCGGGGUUCUGGACAUUGCUGGCUUUGAGUAUUUUCAAGUCAACAGUUUUGAGCAGUUUUGCAUAAACUACUGUAAUGAGAAGCUGCAGCAGUUUUUCAAUGAGAGAAUCUUGAAGGAUGAACAAGAACUGUACCAAAGAGAAGGGCUGUCAGUCAGAAAGAUAGAGUUUGUAGACAAUCAAGACUGUAUUGACCUGAUAGAGUCCAAAGGCAACGGAAUCUUCAGCCUGUUGGACGAGGAGUCCAAGUUGCCCCAGUGUAGCGCUGUACACUUUACCACGGAGGUACACCGGACCUGGCGUGAACACUUUCGUCUGGCGUUGCCUCGCAACUCUAGACUCAAGGCACACAGAGAGAUACGAGACGACGAAGGGUUCCUAGUGCGCCACUUCGCUGGUGCAGUCUGCUACCAGACUAACCAGUUUAUAGAGAAAAACAACGACGCCCUACAUGCUUCACUAGAAGGUCUGGUUCAAGAGAGCAAGAACCCCUUCCUUCAGAGUUUGUUUGCUGGAACCUCGGGCACUCUCAAGGGCAAACUGACCUUCAUCAGCGUUGGGUCAAAGUUCAAAACUCAACUCGGCGAACUGAUGGACAAGCUUAAGAGCACCGGCACAAACUUCGUCAGGUGUAUCAAGCCCAAUCAGAAGAUGGUAGAUCACCACUUCGAGGGAGGCAGUAUUCUCUCACAGCUGCAGUGCUCAGGGAUGACAAGUGUACUGGAGCUGAUGCAGCAAGGCUUCCCCUCCCGCACAGGCUUCUCUGAUCUCUACGAGAUGUACCGCAAGUUCCUGCCACCCGAGCUGGCUCGCCUUGACCCCCGACUGUUCUGCAAAGCCCUCUUCAGAGCUCUUGGCAUGAACGAGAACGACUACAAGUUUGGUGUGUCCAAAGUGUUCUUCCGGCCGGGGAAGUUUGCAGAGUUUGACGCCAUUAUGCGCUCAGACCCCGAGAACCUGGCCAAGAUGGUGGCCAAAGUGAAGAAGUGGCUGUUGCAGUCUCGAUGGAAGAAGGCACAGUGGUGUGCGUUGUCUGUCAUCAAGUUACGCAACAAAAUCUUGUACAGAAGAAACUGUCACAUUACGAUCCAGAAAAAUAUGCGAAUGCAUUUGAUGAAGAAGAAGCACAGACCUCGCUACAAGGGUAUUGCAAAAAUCAACAGUUUACAGUCUAUGGUCGGGAGAAUGGAGAAUAUUAUUGGACAGCUAAAAAAAGACAAAGAUGCAAGUGUCAAUGAGGUUCGAGCUCUUCAGAAUGAUAUGAAGAAUGCCGUCAACAAAAUUAAGACUAAUGAGAAGAUAAAGCCGGAAGAAAUAAAUGCAAUGUACACCCAGCUGAUGAACAAAGCCAACAGUCAGAUGGGAGGUCUGCAGAAGAAACUGGAGAUGCAGAAGAGUGCCGAGGAACAAGAGAGGCUAAGGAAGAUACAACAAGAGAUGGAGAAGCAGAAGAAGCUAAAAGAGGACGAGGAAAAACAGAAGAGGGAGGAAGAGGAUAACAAAAAGAAAAAAUCAGAAAUGGAAGCCAGGAGAAAGCAGGAAGAAGAAAUCCGCAAAAGGCAAGAGUUGGAAGACCAAAGGACGGCUAAGGCUCUUCAGGAUCAGUUGGAGAAGGAGACCAUGUUGAAUAGCCAAUUCCGAGAACAAUUAGAGCAGGAACGACGCGAUCACGAGUUGGCGUUAAGGCUUGCGCAGGAGACAAAUGGACAAGUGGAGGAUCUGUCUCCGCCAACCAGGAGAUUAGCUGGUGUUCAAAUGGCCCCAUCCCUCUCCAACAGUAGUCUAAACAGGGCUGGUAAACAAGCUGUGACCAACAAUAGCAAGUAUGAUCUCUCCAAGUGGAAAUAUUCAGAACUGCGGGACACGAUCAACACAUCCUGUGACAUCGAAUUGUUGGAGGCAUGCAGAGUAGAGUUCCACCGUAGACUGAAGGUGUAUCAUGCGUGGAAGGCUAAGAAUCGCAGACGGACAACCAUGGACGAGAACGAACGAGCUCCUCGCAGUGUCAUGGAUGCUGCAGCAAAAACGCCUCGUAUCCCCACAAAGUCGCCGAUAACUACAAACAACUCUCAGCGGUAUUUCCGCAUCCCUUUCAUACGGCCGACGGCUAUGAACGGUGACAUGUGUAAUGACAACAAUAACAACAAGCGUGGCUGGUGGUACGCUCACUUUGAUGGCCAGUACGUCGCUAGACAGAUGGAACUGCAUCCGGACAAACCUGCAAUAUUACUGGUUGCUGGUGUUGACGACAUGCAGAUGUGCGAGUUGAGUCUCGAAGAGACCGGACUAACGAGGAAGCGAGGAGCAGAGAUAUUGGAGCACGAGUUCGCUCGUGAGUGGGAGAGACAUGGAGGCAAGCCAUACACUCGCCCGGCCGAGCGCAUUAAGUGAUCGAGUGCCACAGUACACUCGAUCCUACCAAUCAACAUUUAGAUUUGUACGUUCACUACUGUAGAAUUCACAGUAACUGUGUGUUUAUAAUAUUUGUACCUUCGGAAAAUAUUCUAUAAUUUUGCUAAAAGUGAAAUUGUUAUUUUUAUAGAGAAAUAUUCCAUCCACAAACAAUGCUAGAAACUCAGACUCGUUUGAUUACAAUCAUUCCUGUAGCGGGACCAGAUGAAAAAAGUAUGCCGUGUUAUCAAGUAAAGUAUUUAUUCCUGUUAGCGGUUUUACAAAUCUAUUUCUUGAUUAUAUUUUAUUGAAAACUGUGAUGUAGAUUGCCUUAUAAGAGAUAGGUUCUAAGCAGUAUUAAUAAUGAUUUAUGCAAUAUUUGUUUUUACUCAUGUUAUCAAAUGAAAAUGGUAUUUUGAUAGAAACAGUAUUUACGUUAUUAGGAUAUUUCAAGUGUUAAACACGUUAAAAACACGUAAAAUUGUGUAUGUAUUCGCUGAGCGAUAUAUUUGAAAUGAACUUUAAAGAAGAAAAUAUUUAUAAAUUUUAAAACACUAUUGCAAAUUUAUAAUACCUAUUAAUAGACUUUAAAGCAUAAAAUGCACAAUCACACUUUAGUCUUUGUGCAUGGAAGAUUAUGUGUUACAAAAGAGAUUUAACUAUAAUUUCCAAGAAGAGGUUUUUAGUUUAAUAUUUUAUGUAGAUAAUUGUUUGACGUAAAACUAUUUUUUAUUACUAAACAUAUUGAAACCAAAGUUUGUUUAUUUUUUAAAGUAAGGUUAAAAACCAUCUUUAAGAUUGUGCUGAUUUUCCUUAUAAUAUAUAAUAGUAAAUCAUACUAUUAGCAGAUAUAGUAGUAUAAAUAAUAUAGGUAAUUAUUUAUUAAUACGUUGUAAAAUAUUUUAUUUAUGUUAGCUUAAGUGUAUGUUGUGGUUACUGAGAAAAAUGGAACUCAACAAAUCUGUGCAAUAAGUUAAAUAUUGAUUUUCUUUUUGUAGUUUGUUUCGCUGUACAAGUUUUGCAUUUAUUUGUUUCAUUAAGUAGAUGUUAUUUUUCAUUACUCUCUUUUUCAAUCCAUUCUAAACACACAUUCCGCAAGCUCAUUGUAUGAAUUGUUAAUUGAAAAAAUAUAUUUUUUGUGUUCAGUAUUUUAAAAA